GUGCAUGUCGACGCGCACCUUUCAACUUCACAGUUUUACACGUUCCAUUCGGCUUAUUCAAAGGAGAUUUCCAAUUGAAGCUUUGGAAUUUGGAAAAAAUGCAUUAAAGAACAGCUGUCAAAUGUGUUAAUACAAAUAAGAUUAUUGUGUGCAGUGGAUGUAUUGUGUUCGAGAAAGAAAACGACAGUGUUACACGGGACGUAUUUUUAUAAAAAUGAAAGUCGUUUAUCAAUAAGGAAUUUCACAAGAACUUAUUAAUGUUCUGACAAUUAGUUAGGUUAUACAAGAUAUCACUAUGGAAAGGAAAAUUAAAUUAAAAACGCUCAAUAGCCAUAUAACUUGUAAAAUAUGUCGAGGAUAUCUUAUAGAUGCAACCACUGUUACUGAGUGUCUACAUACUUUUUGUAAAAGUUGUUUAGUUAAACAUUUAGAUGAAAAAAAUACUUGUCCACAAUGUCAAAUUGUCAUCCACCAGUCACAUCCACUGCAGUACAUCAGUUUUGAUAGGACGAUGCAAGACAUUGUAUAUAAAUUGGUUCCUGAUUUACAAGAAAACGAAAUGAAGAGAGAAAGAGAAUUCUACAGGUCUAGGGGAUUGCCCUGUCCAAAAGAUAUAUUGCCUAAUCCAGAAGCUGAAGAUGAAAAAGCUGCUGCUGAUGCACAUGCUGAAUCGGAUUACCAUAGAACUGAUGAACAGGUUAAUGUAUGUUUGGAGUGUGUCAAUUCUAGUUUACAAACACUAAAACGAGGAUACAUAAGAUGUUCUGCACAAGCAACCAUUACACAUCUAAAAAAAUUUAUUGCCAAAAAAGUACUAAAUGGAAUAGAGAAAUAUCGUGAUAUUGAUAUUCUUUGCAACAAUGAAUUAUUAGGGAAAGAUCACACACUCAAAUUUGUAUAUGUGACGAGAUGGAGGUUUCAUCAACCACCUUUGAGGUUGCAAUAUCGACCAAGAAUAGAAAUAUAGUAUCGUUGAAAA